UUUUUUUAUUUUUCUUACUCUUGCCAUUUAUUGUUGUUGUUGUCGUUGUUACUGUUCCUCCUCCAGUCUUUACCUAGGCGCUGUCGCUAUUGUCUUUGGACUGCCGGUCAUUGUUGGCGCGCGCUGCCGAAUGCUUGGCUCCAGGCAGUUAAGUCAACUCAGUCAUCAACCACGCCAACCAACCCGUCCAUUCUAGCCUUCCCAUCGCGCUUCCCUUCAGCUCCGGCUCGGACUACACCUGUCCCAACACUCGUUAACAUUGAAGUCGCUCAAUUGCAAGGAGCAUUCCGCUCCAAGAGUUUCUCACGAUGAUUUCCGAAAAGUAUAUCGGCCUCAUUCUGGCCAUUACAUCCACAAUGGCGAUCGGUACAAGUUUCGUCAUUACGAAAAAGGGCUUGAUGCAAGCAUCCGAGAGGCAUGGCUUUGAAGGAGAAGGUUUCUCAUACCUCAAGAGUCCCAUAUGGUGGGGAGGAGUGGUUACAUUGGCCGUUGGAGAAGUCGCCAAUUUCGCAGCCUACGCCUUCGCCCCUGCUAUCCUCGUCACGCCCUUGGGUGCGCUAAGUGUCCUGAUCGGUGCUGUUCUCGGAUCAUAUUUCCUCAAGGAAAGACUGGGUACACUUGGAAAACUAGGAUGUGCGAUGUGCCUCCUUGGCUCCGUCGUCAUCGUCCUUCAUGCGCCCCCAGACAAGCCGGUGGAGAGAAUUGAUGAGAUCCUGGGCUACGCGCUGCAACCAGGAUUCUUGAUUUACUGUCUCGCUGUUGCCAUCUUCUCUACCGUCAUGAUUUACCGCGUCGCUCCCGUCUACGGCAGAAAGAAUCCUCUGAUUUACAUCUCCAUCUGCUCCACAGUCGGCUCCGUCUCAGUCAUGUCAAUCAAGGCAUUCGGUAUUGCGGUGAAGCUCACGUUGGGAGGCAACAAUCAGUUCACGCAGGCUUCAACCUACGUUUUCAUGAUCGUCACGGGUUUCUGCAUUUUGACGCAGAUGAACUACAUCAACAAGGCGCUGAACCAAUUUUCUACUUCAAUCGUCAACCCCCUCUACUAUGUCACCUUUACGACUGCGACCCUGUGCGCCUCAUUUAUCCUUUUCAAGGGAUUCAACACCACCGACGCUGUCAACACCAUCUCCUUGCUCUGUGGAUUUUUGAUCAUCUUCUCCGGUGUAUAUCUUCUGAAUCUUUCCCGACACGACCCAGAUGGACGACAGAUGCUCAACGCGAAACUUGACGAUGAAGGAAUCCCAACGGACGGAAUCGCCGGAUUCCAGACUCGGAGGUCCAUGCAAUCCCGCCGCAGCAACGAGCCUCAUCGCCGGAGCUCUUCGGGGGCUUACAUGAACGGGCACGGAGACCGUGAAGGGCUUAUGCGUGCCUAUGAUGUCGAGAACCAGGCAUUCGGGCUGUCCGACCUAGCCGGGGACAGCGACGGAGAGCCAGGUCCUACCUACAAGCGAAGCGAAGAAGUAGAUCAUUCUUCUCAUCAGCCCAACAAGCAAUCCGCACUAUAGAAUGAUGCGACGCCUGACUGGUUUUUUUCAUUUGCCUGCCGGCUACAUUUACGACCCAGAAUAUUGCUGUGACGUUUUCCUUUUAUAUGCUGUGCUUCUCAACUUGCUUUUCUCCUUUCUCCACCCACUUUGUUCCUCCUCUCACCCCCCUCGAUGACCUCUAUC